AUGACUGAGCACGUGAACAAUCUGUGUAAAUCAGCUAUGCACUCAAUCAGGAAUAGCCCAAUAUUAUCAUUGUACGACCCUAAUCUACCUACAAAAGUCACAGCAGACAGUUCUUCAUAUGGCCUUGGGGCUGUGCUAACUCAGCAGCAAUCUGAUGGUCACUGGUAUCCAGUAGUCUAUGCCUCUCGUACUCUCACAAAAGCUGAAAGAGGUUAUGCACAAAUUGAAAAGGAGGCACUAGCAAGUACAUGGGCAUGCAGUAGAUUCCAGAACUAUCUGAUCGGACUCAAAUUCACAUUAGAAACUGAUCAUAAGCCAUUGAUUCCACUCCUCGGAACAGGAAAAACACUUGAUGAACUAACACCUCGAUUACAAAGAAUGAAGAUGAGAUUAAUGCGCUUCAACUACAGUAUACUUUAUGUACCAGGAAAGCUACUAUACACUGCAGACACACUGUCUAGAUCACCGAUUGAUGAGCCUCAAGAGGAUGACUACACACUUUCAAACGAAGUUGAAAAAUUUGUGAUUUCGGUUAUUCAAUCAAUACCAGCUACCGACACAAGAUUGGAACAAAUACGCCAACACCAGCAAGAAGAUGAUGUAUGCCAGACAGUCAUCAAAUAUGUGAAAGAUGGUUGGCCAGAUCAAGAUAAGCUCAAAGGAAUUCUCAAAUUAUACUGGCCUCACAGAUCUACACUAACUGUCGAAGGUGGAAUGCUUCUCAACGGUAUCAGAAUUGUCAUACCACCAACUCUCCGCCAAGAUAUACUCAGCCACAUUCAUGAUGGUCACCAAGGGAUAACCAAAUGCAGACGAAGAGCAAUACAUUCGGUAUGGUGGCCAGGAAUAAGUAGUAACAUAAAGGAGCUUAUUGACAACUGUUCUGUAUGCAGUAAGAACAGGAAAAAUCAUCCGGAACCUCUAAUCCCAACAGCUAUGCCAGCACGACCAUGGCAAAAGGUCGCAGCUGAUCUAAUGGAAUUCAAGAAAGAACAAUAUUUAGUCGUGAUAGACUACUAUUCAAGAUAUAUUGAACUCGCUCGACUAGAYAGAAUCACAAGUAAGUGUGUAAUCAAACACAUGAAAUCAAUUUUUUCAAGACAUGGUGUACCUGAAAUCCUUAUAUCUGACAAUGGAACUAACUUUGUGUCAUCGGAAUUCGAAGCAUUUGCUCGUAACUAUGGGUUCAAGCAGGUUACGAGCAGUCUGAAGCACUCGUCAGGAAAUGGAGAGGUUGAGCGUGCUGUACGCACCGUAAAGGAAUAA